GGGGCCCAUCACCUCUGAAAAGUUGUGAAUAUCCCGCCGCAGAUAAUGCUAACACCAAUGCAAAGGUGAAUAUAGUUACUGCAGUUUAGGAAGUGUAAUAACGGACGACCGAAGCACAUGCCAGUUUCUUUCCAGGAAAAAAAAAAACAUUAACCGAAUCUUCGCAUUCACCAGAGACCCCCAGGAGUAAUGCUGUGUCUGGGGCAUUCUAACGACUGCCUCCGAGACCACAUGCAGUACAUGAGGAGAUCCCUGCAAGACAUGAAGCAGAUAAGCAGACCGAGGCCACUGAGUGAACCGUGUGCUCGCUCCCUUGCCAUGACACAGCUCUGCCAGCACAAAGUGCAGCAAGCGCGGCUCACACGUCUACGUAUUUCUGAGGCCAGUGAAGCCAGCACCUACGACUCUGCCUGCUGCCUGGCCAGCCCCCUGGAGGAGGAGGAAGACGAGCAAGGCCAUGAACGGCUGGCACAGGGUUCCCCCAGCAGUGAAAAGAGUUUGGACUUUGACUCAGGGUACUCCGAGGCCUCUUGGCAGGACGAGGGUGUGGUGCUUAGGAGAACCAGGAAUGUGCGAGUCUCCUCUUCUGCCUGCCUCCGCACCAACAGGGGACCUUCUGGGCGUAUUCGGCCCAAAUCCACCUCGGACGCUUGUCUGGAGCGCUGGACCUCAUUUGAGGCCAGUGACCCAGAGGACUGGACAACAUCACUGCUGAGCCGCAGCAGGAACAGACAACCCCUGGUUCUGGGGGACAACAGCUUUGCUGAUUUGAUAAAGAACUGGAUGGACCUUCCUGAAUGUCCUGAACCAGCAGAACUGAAGCCCAGUGCAGGCCGGCGCCUUGCCAAGGACCUUUUGGUCAACAUGCGCAGGAAACUGGCAGGGAUGUCAAAAAGUGUAGAGGUGAGGCCAAGGCCAGCAGACUCCAUAAAGGUCAGCAGGGUUGCAGAGGCUUCCAAACGCAUGUCCUGUCCUGUGGGUUUCCAGGUUCUGAAACCGUUCUUUCACCAGUCACACACAGGCCUGCACGAAAUGGACACUGACUUCUAUCGGUUCACAGCACUCAUGAAGACAGGCAGCCGACAACCUAUCAUAUGCAAUGACAUCAUUGGAUACAUCUGAGAGAUGCUGUAAGCACGGACUGACCUUUUUCCCACAAAUUUAUGUAAAGCAGUUCUAAUUUCAUUGGCUUGUGUGUCCACAAUGUUAAUGCUGUUGCAAUAAAAGUUUUUGUAUUUAAA